CCACCUGCAAAGGAGUUCUCUAUGGCCUUGUAAUAUAAAACCAAUGCACUUGUUUUGCAUUUUACACAACUCAACCAUUGCAUAUCAAGGGUUCAAGCACUAAAAUUUCUCAUCAAAUCUCUCAUUCACACACUGUAAACAAAAUGAUCAGCGCCAAGAAACUCAUCAAGUUAGCAAGAAAGUGGCAAAGGAUAGCUGCCCUCAAGAGAAAAAGGAUUUCGCUACCAGGGUUCAGUAAAAGUAGCACAUCAUCAUCAGUGGCAGAUAAGGGUCAUUUUAUUGCUUACACAAGUGAUCAAAAUAGGUUUGUGUUUCCCAUAACAUAUCUUAGCAGCCACAUAUUUCAAGAACUUCUGAGGAUUUCUGAGGAAGAGUUUGGUUUACCAGGCAAUGGUCCAAUCACAUUGCCAUGUGAUGCAACCUUCAUGGAGUAUGCAAUCUCAUUGAUCAGAAGUUGUGUUGACAGACAAAUGGAGGAAGCUUUAGUCAUGUCCAUUGCUAGUAAUAGAUGCUCAUUAAUGUCUCAGUCUCUCCAGCAUGGACAAAUUGGCCACCAAUCACUUAUUUGUAGCUGUUGAAUUGAUCACUUGGACUAACAGAUUUUGUAAAUGAUGCAUGUGAAAUUAAUUUAUAGUUCAAUGGUUUUAUGAUAACUUUCUUUAAAUUCCUUCA